GCUCGAGUCGAGUCUUUUCUUCUCUUUUUUUUUUUGUUUUUGUUUUUGGCCAAGUGAGUCUUCUCAUUGGUGCAACUGGCGCUUUUGGACUUUUCUUCCCAUCCGAAGCGUUCGGCGAGUGACCAUGUUCGAUCGCUCUCGGGGAAUAGAAGAGAAGGCUGACCUCUUGCAUGAUCCGGACGUUAAACCCUUCGAACCCGGUCGGUGAUGCUCCGGUUGAAUCAGUAGUUGUGCAUUUUCUUGAACUGGGUCACACCCAUCUCUCUCGUCUGACCCCCUAAUUUCGUUGCGCUCGCGUCUCUCACCCUCAGCUUCGGAGCUUUCGCAUUCAGUUGAGAGAGAGAGAGAGAGAGAGAGAGAGAGAGAGAGAGAGAGAGAGAGAGAGAUGAGUGGUCGAAGAGACGGGCCCUUGAUGCGAAGCGGCGGCUCCUCCCACCCGUUCCGGAAAUCAAGAAUCGCCGCCGCCAUUGCCGUCGGCGUCGCCAUCGGUUGCGUCUUCGCUUUCUUGUUCCCCGAUGGGCUCUUCUCCGUCGCCGGCCCUCGCCGCCUCGUCACAGCCGAUUCUAAGGGAGGAUCCUCUUCCAGCUCUUGUGAAUCAUCCGAGCGAAUGAACAUGUUGAAGUCGGAGUAUGUGGCUGCUUCGCAGAAAAAUGCUGAGCUGAAAAAGGAAGUUAGGGAGUUGAUGGAAAAGCUUAAGUUAGCUGAACGGGGGAAUGAUCAGGCUCAGAAGCAAGUUCUUGCGCUGGGUAAACAGCAGAAAGCUGGGCCAUUUGGUACUGUUAAGGGUUCAAGAACCAAUCCCGCUGUUGUCCCUGAUGAAUCUGUGAAUCCAAGAUUAGCAAAGAUAUUGGAGAAAGUCGCAGUUAAUAGAGAGCUCGUAGUUGCCCUGGCCAACUCAAAUGUGAAGGAAAUGUUGGAGGUUUGGUUCACCAACAUAAAGAGAGUGGGUAUACUUAAUUAUUUGGUUGUUGCUCUGGAUGAAGAUACUGCUAAGUUCUGUGAGUCGAACCGUGUGCCUGUCUACAAAAGAGAUCCAGAUGAAGGCGUUGACUCCAUAGGAAGGAAAGGAGGGAAUCAUGCUGUUUCAGGAUUGAAAUUCCGCAUUUUGAGGGAAUUUUUGCAGUUGGGAUAUAGUGUUCUUCUCUCCGAUGUCGACAUAGUCUACUUGCAAAACCCGUUUGACCAUCUUUAUCGGGAUUCAGAUGUGGAGUCCAUGACAGAUGGUCAUGACAACAGGACUGCUUACGGGUUCAAUGACGUCUUUGACGAGCCUGGAAUGGGUUGGGCCAGAUACGCUCAUACGAUGCGCAUCUGGGUUUAUAAUUCUGGUUUCUUUUAUAUCAGACCAACAAUCCCUUCAAUUGAGCUCCUUGAUCGUGUAGCUGCUAGGCUUUCUCGGGAAAAUGCCUGGGACCAGGCGGUUUUCAAUGAGGAACUCUUUUUUCCUUCACAUAAUGGGUAUGAUGGUCUACAUGCUGCCAGGAGGACGAUGGACUUUUAUCUCUUUAUGAAUAGUAAGGUCCUCUUUAAAACUGUCAGGAAAGAUGCCUCCCUCAGCAAAAUUAAGCCCGUGAUUGUUCAUGUAAACUACCAUCCCGACAAGCUCCCGCGCAUGAAGGCGGUUGUCGAAUACUAUGUUAAUGGUAAAGAAGAUGCUCUAAAACCCUUCCCUGAUGGUUCAGGUUGGUAAAUUGCCGUUCUGGUAUUCAAAGAUACUUCUUAGCACCCGUUGUCUUCUUAGCUGAAACUUGACUUGUUGGGAAUCGACGGAAUACCAUUUGGAUCUGAAAACUUUUCCUGUUGGCCUCAUUGGUUUCCCUCCAUUUUUUUUUCUGUUAGAAUAUUACAAUUUUUCACGGGCUGUAUCUUCAAGUAGCUUAGGAUCUGCUGUUUUGUGUAGUAUGGAUCUGUGGGUGUGUUUUCUAAUCAUCUGGUUGUAUAAAAAGCCUACUUUCCACUA